GUUCAGCGCUUUUGCCCCAUAACCGAGUCGUCAUCAUCCCUGAGAGAAGGGAAACGCCCAGGUGGCCUUGCAAAGUCCAUAUACCACGCCGAUUUAUCAUAUCGGCACCACAGCACUUCGAUAGAACCUCGAAUAAAGCCUUACAGACCUCGAUAGAAAAGUUCCGAUAGACCACUCACGAUGUCGGACCAAAAGAAGAAUGACAACUACAUCCCCAUGGACAAGAUGGACUCGGAGUCCUCCAGUAGCUAUAAGCCGCAGCCACCACCACCACAACCGCGACACUCGGCUGUCGCUUCAGCAGCAAACAAUGCCACUCUCGCUAUUAUCAGUUAUUGUGCUUCCUCUAUUCUAAUGACUGUGACGAAUAAAUAUGUUUUAUCAGGUGUUGAUUUCAACCUCAACUUUUUCCUUCUCUGUAUUCAGGUAUGUCGAGCAAUCACUUCUGUCGGUAGCAGUGAAGCCGCUUAUCUAACCAUCUCGUCUUUCUAGUCUAUUAUUUGUAUCAUUGCAGUUCAGUCUUGCAAGACCUUAGGAUUUAUCAACUACCGAGAUUUCAGCUCAGACGAAGCCAAGAAGUGUAGGUGCUUUCUUUAUAUAGUCAACUUUCCGGCCAUCCAUACCCCCAACUAACAGAGCUUCUUCGCAGGGUUCCCAAUUUCCCUCCUCCUUAUCGGCAUGAUUUACACCGGUUCCAAAGCCCUCAAGUUCCUUUCAAUCCCUGUUUACACUAUUUUCAAGAACCUUACCAUCAUCCUUAUCGCCUACGGUGAGGUAUUGUGGUUUGGAGGCUCCGUUAGCGGCCUCACCCUCUUCUCCUUCGGUCUCAUGGUCCUUAGCUCCGUUGUUGCUGCCUGGGCUGAUAUAACCCACGCCGUCAGCACUUCUGCUGGUGCUGGUGCUGUUUCCACUCUCAACUCCGGCUAUCUCUGGAUGUUGAUCAACUGUGCUUGUACUGCUUCGUAUGUCCUCGGAAUGCGAAAGAGAAUCAAGUUGACCAACUUCAAGGAUUUCGACAGUAAGUCAAGUUUCUAGGGCCCACACAUUAACGCAAUUCUAAUUCUCUUUUCUCUUAAUAGCUAUGUUCUACAACAACCUUCUCUCCAUUCCAAUUCUCAUGGUCAGCUCUCUCCUCGUUGAGGACUGGUCCAGUGCCAAUGUGGCCAAGAACUUCCCUGUCGAUACCCGUAACAGACUCUACGUGGCCAUGCUCUUCUCCGGAUUGUCUACUGUUUUCAUCUCUUAUGCGUCCGCAUGGUGUGUCCGUGUUACCACCUCCACUACUUACUCCAUGGUCGGAGCCCUCAACAAGCUUCCAAUCGCCCUGUCUGGUCUCAUGUUCUUUGGCGACCCAGUCACCUUCCCCAGUGUCUCCGCCAUUGCUAUCGGAUUUAUAAGCGGUAUCGUCUAUGCCCUCGCCAAAAUCAAGCAGAACGCCAAACCAAAGACUGGAAUUCUCCCAACUUCGAACCCUCCUGUCAGUGCCAGUGCCCAGAGCGUGAGAGACGGAUUCAAGUCGUGAGCAAAUUAGCUGGUCUUUAAAAAUGCCCACUCUGUCUUGAUUCCUGUAUCUCUCGCUUGGCAUCUGCCUCGGCAUAACGACUUUUUAACGCAAUCGAUGGGCCUAUCUAUUUUGUUUUUUUGGUGAUACUAGGCGAUGCUUUCCACUUGGCUCACCCAAGAAGAAUGAAUCCCCAGACUGCGCAAACGACUAUCCAUUGAGUAACGUUAUUUUCAGCGUCGACUACUUACUAUUCCACUAGUGGUUGACGAACAACUAAACCGCAUCCCGCAACACAUAGAGCUUGGU